AUGGAACAGCUUCGUCUCAUGGUGGUGUGGUCCAACGAGUUUCAGAAGAUAGAACUUGUGCAAGAGUCCGAUGACGACGAGUCUGCAUCGGCCCUCAUGACGUUCAGAACGCCUGCCGGCGCCUCCGAAGCGAAGAAGAUGCUGCACGGCAAGCGCAACAUGGUCGUGGAGAUUUUGGGAACACCACGAGCGUAUGGGGGUGAACACGGCACGAGCGCCUCAAGCGCGAGCUCGUCGUCUGCGGCAUCCUCGGCCCACGGUUCGCGACAACCGUCUCGCUACAAUGGUUCUUUUCCGCAUGUCGGCAAGAUUUCUCCACCGAUGAGCGGCGCGUAUGGAUCGAGUGAACUACCAAACCCAGAGGACAGCGCUCGCUAUCAGAACCUAUUUUCGCCCCAGUCCCCUAUUGGUAACCAUCUCACCGACAGGCCGCGAAUCUCAGGCAAGACCCUCAUCAACAAUGAUACUGCCGAUGACGACGAGACAGGGGAGCUACUGAAGGACCCAGUCGCAUACGCAGAAAAUGGUUCUGUCACGUCUCAACGACGCGCCACUGCACCUCAGCUGCCGAUUGCGCAUCUGGCCAGUCUGUCGCUCAAUUCCGGCUCUGGCCCCGGAUCUUCCUCGCUGCCUCCCUAUGGUCACCAGAUCAUGUCGGGACACCACGCAUCCAUGUCGCCUACUGGCCUGAAUGGCGGAGCUGGACACGGCCUUCACUAUCCGAUGGUGGCCCCUCAGUACGGCCGUCACAGCAAUUUUCCGCCUGUGAACCCAGCUGAUCAGAACCCCCCCUGCAAUACUCUUUACGUCGGCAACCUCCCCAUCGACACGUCGGAGGAAGAGCUCAAGGCCAUGUUCUCUAAGCAGCGUGGGUACAAGCGACUCUGUUUCCGCACGAAGCAGAAUGGCCCGAUGUGUUUUGUUGAGUUCGAAGACGUCACGUUCGCAACCAAGGCGCUGAAUGAACUUUACGGUCAGCCGCUUCACAACAGCGUCAAGGGUGGCAUUCGACUCAGUUUCUCCAAGAACCCUCUCGGCGUCCGAUCAGGCCAGACAUCUGGGCAGGGUGCUGCCAACUCCAUGGUCGCCAUGAUGGCAGGGUCCCCCAACGGAUUCACAACAGCCAACGGCCCCCCACCAGGGCUCACUGUUCCGCCCGGUCUCAGUUCCGGCCGUUACGGAGGGUCAUCGGGCGGUCAAUCUUACACUCCCGCAGGCUUCUCGGCGAAUGGCACUCUGUCUCAUAACCCUUGGAAUGGGUACAGCGGACCCAUGGCCUCGGGCGGACCGAAUGUGAACAUGGGUGGGAAUGGCUCCACACCCUACAUGAGCCCACACAUGCUGGGCAGAUAG